AUGUAUUUUUAUUAUUCUACGUGCUAUGACGACGGUUUGUUGAAUCUUAAGGUAUAUUAUAUAUUUGUACAUAAGUUAAAUUAAUUGUUAAUAAAGAGAUUGUAUAAGGUUCUCUCAAGCCUCUCGAUUUUAAUUAUCAGAUUCCUUUCGAUUUGAAGGCAACAACAGAAGAACUGACUCAUUCUCGUCGAAUCAAGGAUUUUUUUUCUUUUUUUUUUUUUGUCUGUUUUGUUAACGACAGGAAGCUCGAUUCAGACCGACAACGGACAUUAAGCAAUAUUUUAUUGUAUAGAAAAAGAAAACAAACAAAUCUUACAAAACAAUCAGCACACUAUCUACUGUACACGAUUGUAUAGUUAUAAUAUAAAGAGCGUAGAGACGGCGAAACGGCCGCUAAUUAUUUCUGAAACAAUUCGUCGACUGAAACGCGAUAAGCAGAGCUACAGCGUUCUCCAUAAACGUUAAUUCUUUCCAAUGAAAUGGAAAACAACGAACGAAUCUGUAUCUGCACGCGCAAUCGACAUAUCGUUAAAAAUCCCCUUUUAAGUAACCAUUGAUGGCACGCGACGCGACUGACCUGUUUGCGUUGACAAUUUCGCAAAACUCGCAUCGAAUGAAAUUAAGCAAUUAUCACGACAUUCGCGUGUAUUCGUUUCAAAAUUGCAUCAUAUUUUUCAACUUUUUUUUCCUUCUUUUUUUUUUUUUUUUAAGCAGAUUAAAACUUUCCCGUAGAAAUACUCAGUAUUACUAUGAAUAUAUCGAAACUCACACGAAAAGUGACCGUUUCCACAAUUGA